AUGGAAAAGUGCAACGAAUUAAAAAUAGAACAAAGAUUAAGAAGUCCCAAAUGCGCAAGAUGCAGGAACCAUGGUAUUAUAUCAAGUUUAAAAGGCCACAAGCGAUCAUGCAGGUGGAAAGAUUGCAAUUGUCCUUGCUGUUUGCUAGUCGUGGAAAGACAAAGAGUAAUGGCAGCUCAAGUAGCCCUGAGAAGACAACAACAAAGUCAGAAUUUAAAUUCCAAUGGUAGUUUCUUCACGGGAAGUUUUAAUUUUGCGGGCCAAAGUGUUGUGAGACGGCUGAAAAAUUUCAAGAGUUUCCAAGUUACUAGCACGAGAAUCAACUUGCAAAAUUUUGAUAAUCAGAAUUUUCGAGAUUCAAUUUUCCGGUUGUCAAAUGAAGAAAAAUACUCACCAACGCCAACCUGGACCAGUAACAUACCUUCAUCUGGAAGUAACUGCAACGAGUCUUUGACCCAGUUGAUAGAAACAACUGAGAUGAACUACGAAGAGCAGAUUAAGAGCGAAGAAAAACCAGCGCCUCGCAUAUCUUUCAGCGUCGAGUCAAUAAUUGGCUCGCGGUAG